AUGACUGUAACAUUAUCUUAUACUUUAGGUUUCAUUAGAUGUAAAACUAAUAAUAAAAUAUUAUUACUUAAUAGAAACAAAUCUCCAUGGAUGGGUAGAUGGAAUGGUGUGGGUGGUAAAUUAAACCCUCAAGAAAGUGCUUUACAAUGCAUAAUACGAGAAACAGAAGAAGAAACAGGAUUAAAUUUAUCAAAUUUUAUAAAUAGAGGUAUAUUAAUAUGGAAAGUGAAAAAUGAUGGAAAUAAAAAUGUUGAAACAGGUGGUUUAUAUUUAUUUACAGUUGAUAUUUCAGAAGAACAAUUUGAAAAUUAUAGAACCCCCAUGGUAUAUAACAAUGAAGGGAUAUUAGAUUGGAAAGAUUGGAAUUGGAUCACUAAUGAUGAUAAUCUAGGAGUGGUUGAUAAUAUAAAAAUUAUAUUUAAUCAUUUAUUUACAAGUAGUGAAACUGAUUUAUAUAAAGUGAAAUAUGAAAAUAAUAAAUUGAUGAGUUGCAUGUAUUACCCUGGUGAAAAUCCAUUACAAAAAGAAGAAAAGGAAAAAGAAGAAAAGGAACAUGUUCAAAAAUCAAAGAAUAUAAUUCAUUAA